UGACAACGCUCCUCUUGCUUUCUUGAGAGUAAUUGCGUUAGCUUGCAAUCUUAGCUACUACUGAGCGCCACACAUGUAUACAAGCUUACGUAUUAUAUAUACAUAUACAUGAAAACAUAACAUAUAAUAGAAAGAUUAUUAUUCAUGCAUCCCUAGGUUUUUAAUUUAUAUAUCUUUUCCUAGAAAAAAAAAAAAAAAAUCACACAAAAUUAGUAUGGUGCUCGAGGGUUCGAAUGUCGUUACAAACAAAAAAGGAGAGCAUUUGGUCAUAGAUUUAGGAAGUAUUGAUACACAAAGCCUUUUGAAUGAGGGAGAUAAACGAAUUUAUACUAAUAAAUUGUCCGCCCGGGAGAUGGACGCUCUUACCGCCCUUUGUGACACCAUCAUUCCGGCCGUGGAUCCACCGGAGACGGCCACGGAUGAGUGUGUCAUCAAAUUUUACAAAACCUCAGCCUCUAUAACUGGAUGUCCAGAGCAUAUAGGAAGGUUGAUAAGCCAUAGACUUCGACAUCAUGUGUUCCUACUACGAUUCUUUUUCCUUAUGUUGUCAACAAGGUUAGGAACCUUUGUAUUUGGAGGAAUACACAGUUUAUCUCCUUGUUUCCCAUUUGUCUUCAAGUUUUCACAAUUACCACUGGAAAAACAACAGCGGCUUAUUCUUUCACUGAGUAAUAGUUGCUUCUUUUUAUAUCGGUGGGCCUUUGUUGGUGUAAGAUUACUCAUUCUGUUGGCCUUUUACACUCAGGUGGACGAUAAUGACGAGAACCCAUCUUGGAAGGCAAUUGGGUAUUGUGGGCCAGACCCGGAAUUUAAACCACGAAAGCAAAACGAGUCGAACCAGCCCAUUGGUUAUCUCACACCAAAACCAUCUCAUAAUAGCCCAAAUGCAGUAACCCAAAAGCAAGGCCAAGAACAUUCCAAAGAAGAUCUCUACGGCCCACUUUAUAAAGGAAUUAUUAACAUAAACAAUCCUCAAGAUAUCCUUGUUAAAUAUCUAAGACGCCCAGGCUUACACGUGUCACUAAAUCGAAAAAAGAAAAGUAAUAAUUACCAAAAUCCAUUGUUGACUAUCCAGUGCGACGUCGUUGUGGUAGGUUCUGGAAGUGGUGGUGGUCUAGUUGCCGGAGUUUUAGCCUCAGAAGGAUAUAAAGUUCUAGUUUUGGAAAAGGGAGAUUAUUGUGCUAGGAAAAAUCUCUCUCUAUUAGAGGGACCCACUUUGGAUCAGAUGUAUGAAGGUGCAGGUUUGUUAACAACUAGGGAUUUAGGGGUAAUGAUUUUAGCUGGAUCAACGGUUGGGGGUGGAUCAGCAAUAAAUUGGUCUGCCUCGAUACGGACCCCGCCACAUGUGAUUAGAGAGUGGGCUAAUGAUCAUGAACUCGAGAUCUUUGAUAGUCCAUUGUUUAAGGAAGCCCUAGAUGUGAUUUGUGAAAAGAUGGAAGUUCAAAGUGAAAUUAGUGAUGAAGGGUUUAAUAAUGCGGUUUUAAGGAAGGGUUGUUUGGAAUUAGGGUACCCUGUAGUGAAUAUUCCCCGAAAUGCCCCUGCAGAUCAUUAUUGUGGUUGGUGUUGUCUUGGGUGUAAGGAUGGGAGGAAGAAGGGUACGUGUGAAACUUGGCUUAAAGAUGUGAUAGACUCCGGAAAUGGGGCUAUACUUACCGGGUGUAAAGUUGAAAAGGUCUUGUAUGAAAGAAAACAAGGGAGAAAUCGAGACACGGCGAAAGGAGUGGUGUUCAAGUUAAAAACAGGUGACCUAUGUGUGGUCAAGGCGAAGGCAACAAUUGUAGCUUGUGGUGCACUCAACACGCCAGCAUUACUAAAAAAGAGCGGCCUAAAGAACCCGAACAUAGGAAAAAAUUUGCACCUUCACCCGGUGGUGAUGGCAUGGGGGUACUUCCCGGAUAAGGAGCCACUAUCAACUUUGUUGUCGGACGAAGGGAAAGUGUGGCCGGAAAAAGAGAAAAAGAGUUACGAGGGAGGAAUCAUGACAGCCAUGUCGACCGUGGUAGCGGAUUUUAACGGGUCAGGGUACGGUGCCGUGAUCCAAACCCCAUCAUUACACCCCGGUAUAUAUUCGGCCAUAAUGCCAUGGACCUCAGGCUCAAAUAUGAAGGAUAGAAUGACAAAAUUUUCGCGAACAGCACACAUCUUUGCCCUUGCUCGCGAUGUAGGAUCAGGCAACAUUUCGAAAUCUCCAUUCGACAUCACAUACAAUUUGCACUCGUCAGACGAGGCAAACCUUAAAAAAGGAAUAGAGAAGAUGCUUAGGAUACUAGCAGGAGCAGGGGCCGAAGAGAUAGGCACACACCAUAAAAGUGGUGCAAGUAUUAAUGUGAAGAAAGUUAGUUGUCACGAAUUCGAGAAGUUUGUUAAGAAAGAAAGUUCUAAGGCCAUACAAGGUCUCUCUACACCUAUUGCAUCUGCCCACCAAAUGGGGAGUUGUAGGAUGGGAAUCGAUCCGAGGACCUCGGUUGUAAACCAAAUGGGAGAAAGUUGGGAAGUAGAGGGGCUUUAUUUAGCCGAUUCGAGUGUCUUUCCUACGGCAUUGGGUGUUAAUCCUAUGGUCACAAUCCAAGCUAUUUCUUAUUGCACUUCUCAAUCAGUUCUUGAGUACCUCAAAAGGAAAAAGAAAAGGUGAUUAUGACUAUAAGGUAUAUAUAUAUAUACGUACAAUUUAUUGUUAAUAAUAAAAACGAAUUUUGACGUUUAUUUAGAUGACAAAAUUUUGUUUUAUUAUUUUAGAGUUACGUUAUAUGCAUGUAAUUUGCUGUAUUAUAAUUUCAUACAAGUCUGUAAUAAGUACUCUUAGUAAUCGAAUGAAUUUUUUUGCA